UAGAGUGAGAAAGAGAUAUUGGAUUUUUCUGACUGUGAACAAAAAAAUGGCCGGAAUUUCGAGCAUCGGAGUGUUGCCGGAGGACUGUGUUUCGGCGAUUCUGUCACUCACGACUCCCACCGACGCCGGGAAAUUGUCCCUCGUCUCGUCGAUGUUUCGAUCAGCGGCGGAAUCCGAUGUCGUUUGGAGCAGAUUUUUGCCUAAAAACUACGCCGAAAUCGUGGCUGCCUCUGAUAUCUCCGGCGAAUCGCCACUCUGUUCGAAGAGAGAAGCUUUCUUCCGACUCUGUUCUCCGAUCCUAAUCGACGGCGGAAAAAAGAGCUUUGAGUUGGAGAGAUUUUCCGGGAAGAUCUGUUAUACAUUGUCAGCAAGAGAGCUGGCGAUCACAUGGAGCUCCGAUCCACUCUGUUGGAGCUGGAAAUCCGAUCCUCAAUCAAGAUUUGCAGAAGUUGCAGAGCUCAGAGCGUCAAGCUGGGUGGAAAUCCAUGGAAGAACAAGAACAGGACGGCUGUCUCCGAACACAUUGUACGGAGCAUAUCUUGUGGUGAAGAUUUCAGAGAAAGGGUAUGGGUUGGAUUUGAUGCCAGCCCAAGUUUGUGUUCAAUUGGGGGAUGCGUUGCAGAGCUCCCAAGGCUCUGUUUGGCUGCGCCGCAAGGAACAGAGCAACCUUAAAAUGGAGUCUCUGUUUUAUGGGAAUCGGAGGGAGAGAGCCAUAAAGCUAUUCGCUGCUGAUUUGGGAGACAAUUUUGAUAGCAACGGAAUUAGGGAUGUCCGACAGAGAGAAGAUGGGUGGUCGGAGAUUGAAUUGGGAGAGUUCUUCACCGGAGAAGACGAUGAACACCUCACCAUGAGCUUCUUGGAGACCAAAGGCUUUCAGCUCAAAUCUGGACUUGUUGUUCAAGCCAUUCAAAUUCGGCCUAAACAUUAACCAACACGUCAAUCCGAGCAUACCGUUGCUCGAUGGAUACAACACUAGUUAAUUAAUUCUUUUGUUCGUUAAAAAUUUACGAUGUCUUACGUGAGGCAGCUAAUGUCUUAAUCAAGAUGAAUUCUAUUUGAAAUCCACGUAUAUUUAUUUAUUUAA